AGGACAGUGAUUCAAACACUCUCACAGUAACACUGCCAGCCAAGAUAGAUCCAGUUCAGACUAGCCUGGGCUCUGAUCAAAAGGACCCUUUGACUGGACCAAGACUUCUGAAAAAUAGAGUCCACUUUGUCCAAAUACCUUUCUAUGGAAAAACAUCUUGAUUGGACUCUGAAUCUCCAAUGAGCUUCAUGUUUUUGGAUGUCCAACAACCUCAUUUCGGACUUUUCCCAGAGACUUGUCUAUUGCUGGAAUAUCUAUCUGUGAUUCGUGGUCACAUGUAACUGAAGAAGUGGUGUUUCUAGUGUUUUAAACUAACACCUUCUGGUCUGUGAUAAUCACACUUUGGCCAUGAGCUGUUUCGGGUACCGUCGAGAGCUCAGUAAGUACGAAGAUGUUGAUGAAGACGAGCUUUUGGCUUCUCUCAGCCCUGAAGAGCUUGCUGAGUUGGAAAAGGAGCUGGCGGACAUCGAUCCUGAUGCCAAUGUGCCCAUAGGUCUCAGACAGAGAGACCAGACCGACAAGACCCCAACGGGCACCUUCAGCAGAGAAGCCCUUAUGAAGUAUUGGGAAAAUGAGACUCGGAAACUGCUGGAGGAUGAGAUCGCUGGAGGAAGCCCCAAACUGGAUGAAGAACAAGAAGAAUCUGGGACAGACCACAACAGUGAAGUAGAAGAUGAAAAAGAUGACGAAAAUGAGAAAGAACAGAAAACACAUCAAAAACAAAAGGAAGAAGAAGAAGAAAAGAAGGAGGAGGAGGAGGAAGAGGAGGAGGAAGAAGAGGAGGAAGAGAGUGAGGAAGAAGAGGAAGCAGUAACUGAAGAGGAGUCAGAUGAAGAUGAACAAGACAAUGAAAAAAAACCCGAAGCCUCAAAGGACUCUGGUUCCCUGACAACACAAGCCAACUCCUCAAUGCUAUUGAAGCCUCAGAGGGUGGAGCCUAUGAGACUGACUCCUCCCCCUCCGCUUGCUGAUGCCAACACAACUGGAAACCCAACUGUUGUGGACGAGGCUCUCCAACGAGUCCUCAGCAAUGAUCCUGAACUUACAGAGGUUAACCUUAACAACAUUGACGACAUCUCACAGGAAACCCUGAUCCGAUUUGCUGAGGCACUGCGGUCCAACACAUAUGUGCGGGUCUUCAGCCUCGCUAACACCCGAGCCGAUGACCCUGUAGCUUUGGCCAUUGCUAAGAUGCUGAGGGAGAACUCAUCCAUCAUCAGUCUGAAUAUAGAGUCCAAUUAUGUGACUGGGAAGGGUGUGAUGGCACUGGUUCAAGCACUUCCAGGAAACAACACCCUGACAGAGCUUCGAUUCCACAACCAGAGGCACAUGUGUGGAGGACAGGUGGAGAUGGAGAUGGUGAAGAUUCUGAGAGAAAAUUACACUUUGAUCAAACUCGGAUACCAGUUCAACCUUCCAGGUCCUAGGAUGAGCAUGACAGGGAUCCUCACAAGGAAUCAGGACCGCCAGAGACAGAAACGAAUGCAGGAACAGAAGCAGAAGCAGGGCCAACAAGUGGUGUCUGAGGGAGCUGUUAAUCCACGAACAACUGCACUGAAAGGAACACCUUCUCCAUCCCCUUAUAGUUCGCCUAAAGCCUCUCCAUGGUCCUCACCUAAAGUACCUCGGAGCAAUCAAGCAACUAAAAAGACUCCUCCUGCCCCUCCUCCUCCUCCCCCUCCUCCUCCCCCUCCACCUCCCCCUCCUCCACCACCUCCUCCCCCACAGCGGGAGAAAAAGAAGCCGACCAGGAUGAUCGCAGAGGUAAUCCGGGCACACGAGGCUGGUGGCAAGAAAGUGACAAAAGUGAAAGGGAAGAAGGGCAAAAAGGGGAAAGAGAAGGACUCUGGGAAAGAUGAGACCAGCAGCAUCCUGAAGGAGCUAAAGAACGCUCUGAGGCCUGUGUUGGUCGACAAGAGGGGGGAGGAGGGCAGCAGACCCUCAACGCCGAUGAGGUCAGCCCACGACCAGCUGAUGGAAUCCAUACGCAGCAGCAGCAUCCGCAACCUGAAAAAGGUGGAACUCCCACAUCAUCUUCAAUAAUACAAGAGGAUAUAAAACAUGUCCAUUCGUUGCCAUGGAAAUUGCAAGAAGCUGCAUAAUAAUGACCAUGGAGUCACCAAUGAUGGGAGCACAAGCUAAAAAACAAGUUGGAAAAAACUGGUAAAAAUGAAAACAUACUGGAAAUUUGCACUGCAUAAUAGCUUUACAUUGAAGUUUUGUAUUUGUAUGAACUUCUGCGUAUGUGACAGAGUUUUCUGAAUUGUUUAUUGUUUUCUAACUGUUAUCUUGUAAAAUUGUAAAUAUCACCUGUUUGAAUUAUGUGUUCAUGUCCAAAUAUAACCAUUUGGUGUUUACAUCAGUUUCCUUGUCAAAGUACGUACAACACACCUUUUUCUUUUUGAGAUGCAAGGAUGAAGCUGAUACAUGCAAGUAUAUGAUGAAGCCACUUCUUCAUCAGUGAGUCACGCCACUGUGUAGACGCCACUGAUUACCACUGUGACACAUUCACAAUACACCCACUCCAGUUAGGACGUAUUAGACAAGGGCUUUUGCGCACUUUGUUUAAACAAUUCACAAUGACAACGUAAGAAAGAAAUAGCUAUGUUGCAACAGUUAUGCUCUAUAACAAAACCUCUGAAUUAAAAGUGCAUAUAAAUAUUAUAGUCUAUAGUUAAAACGGUUGAUUACGCAAAUCUGACUGUGUGUGAGGUGACUAAAAAAGUGUAUAUGAAUGGUUUGUACAGAUGUUUUGUGUUAUUAUAAAAAUAUACAGAGGAAAAUGUGUGUUAACAAAGCAAAGGAAG